AUGACUGUCGUAACGCAACCUGAAGUUUUCUUCUUCAAGCCCACAAAUUAUGUGCCUAACAGUCAGCUCCCUGUGCUUGUUUACCGAAAAGCCCUACCUUUGCCCCUCGAAGAGAAUCUGGUGAGAGAGUUUCUGGAAUCUAAUAAUUGGAUUCACGGGGGUACUUGGAACGCGGUGCCUAGGCAUCAUUUCCAUCCAAAUACUCAUGAAUGCUAUGGUACGUCCUUUCAAGCUCGAUUGAGCAGCCCGAACAGCAGGUUAUCCAGAGUUUUAAGGGACGAUGGCUAA